AAAAUGUCAGCAGAUGUUGCUAACUAUCAUGGUGGAGAUGGUGGCGGGGAUGACCCAUUAGAUCCUACUAGGGUACCGACUGCGUGCGAGGCUUCAGGUAUUUUUGUUAUUUUUCUAUCUAAGUGUUUAAUUUUUUUAAUUCAACUAUUCACACAUAUACAUUUUUGAUGGCAACAUAGGUGGUGACGCGAGAAAAGGCCGUGGGAGGAAUGUUUUAGUAAAGUUAGAAGAGAGAAGAAAAAACUCUACUGGCCCGUUGCCAUUAGAAGUUGACAGUGUCUCGAACAAAAUAGUAGGCUUGGAGAGUAAAGCUUUUCCUCGAUUGGUAGGGCGAGAGGUUGCACUGCAUGUGCCUGGACAUCAUCCAAGUUGGGCAAAUGUCCCGGAGCAGUACGAACACCUCAUCUUAACUAAGCUUCGGGUAAAUAAUUAUUAAUUUAUCUACACUAAUAAAUGUGAUUAUUACCAUGUUAUUUUAAUUUAUUUUUGUCAUAUGCAGCAUUAUUACCAGUUGGACAGUCAUCCAAAGUUAGUAGCUAUUUCGAUAGCUGAGAUGACCGAGAAGUACAAAACACGAAAGAAUAUUAGAUUGCAACACUUCAGAGAAUAUUACAAAAACCCAGAAGACUUUGAAAAUGCAGUGAAGAACCCUCCCAAUGAACUUAAUGAAGACCAAUGGCGACUAAUAUGUGAAUUGUUCACAACUCCUGAUUUCAUUCAACGGUCGAAGCAAAACUCUAUCAAUCGACAGAAGAUGAAAUUCUCUUCAACAACAGGGUCGGUAACUAUGGCUGAGAUUCUUCGUCAAAAACAAGGAAAGGGUUACAUUGAGACUUGGAAAGAAUGUCAUACUAAGAAAGACACCAACACCUUCAUCAAUGAGGCUGCCAAAAAUAAAUAUGUAAGAUAUAUAAAAUAAUAAUUUUAAAUAUUUUCAAAUAAUUGUAACUUUGCUUGAUUUCUAACUUAUUUAUAUUAAUUAUAGGAAGA